AUGGUAGCAAUUUUCCAAAACGAAGUGGUUUUGCAUUCAACAGCAGCAUCUGAAUUUCCGCCCAAGAGACCACCCACUUUCUUCUUCGCCAACUUUGCCAAAGAAAAGCCAAACAAGAUGAUAAGACUAGGGAGGUCUAUUGCGCCCGUAUUCAAGCCGAGGCCGUCCUUGCAACUCCAAUAUGUUCUCCGGCCGCGGUUUGCUGGAGCCCAGACUGUCAAAUGUUGCUCCACAUCCACAUCGGCACCCGCAUCGACUGCCGCACAAGCAACAGCAAUAGCAAAAGCAACCAAAAGCAAAGCACGGAGGAAAUCGAAAUACACCAAAUUAUUCGCUUUAGGUCUAGGUGUGGGACUCGGCGGAGCCGCAUUGUACUACACCAAUGACAACUUCAAGCAUGCUAUUCUUACAGCUGAAAGAGUCGGCAUUGUCACGGUGGCCAUGGUUCGAUGUUUUGCCUUGUAUAAGGACACUUUGGACAAGAGCUAUCUGACGGACGAAGAGCGGACUGAAGCGUUAUCCACGACCCAUAAAAAGGCUGCUGAGAUUACUCUUCGGGCAUUGGAGAAGAAUGGCGGGAUAUAUAUCAAGUUGGGACAGCAUUUAACUGCGUUGACUUAUUUGUUGCCUCGCGAGUGGACGGAUACCAUGAUCCCGCUCCAGGAUAGGUGUCCUCGGUCUAGUGUAGCUGAGAUCGAGAGGAUGUUUGAAACCGACUUGGGUGUCAAGUUAAAUGACAUUUUCAUCGAGUUUGACCCGGAGCCGAUUGGAGUUGCAAGUUUGGCCCAGGUCCACAUGGCUCGAUUAAGAGGGAAUGGACAGAAGGUUGCCGUCAAGGUCCAGCAUCCGAGCUUAAAGGAGUUUGUGCCUAUUGACGUUGAGAUGACCAAGAUGGUUUUCGACUUGAUGUAUAGGGCCUUUCCCGAGUAUCCCUUGACUUGGCUUGGAGACGAAUUGCAAAACAGUAUAUUCACCGAGUUGGAUUUCAAAGUUGAAGCUGACAACUCGCAACGCACGGCGCACCAUUUCGGAAACGUUGCAUUUUUGCGAAUCCCCAAGAUUAUCCGCGCCGAAAAUAGAAUCUUGAUCAUGGAGUGCGUUUCCGGCUCGCGAUUGGAUAACUUGCAGUAUUUGCAAGAGCACCAGAUUGACCCGGCUCAAGUCAGCGUUUGCUUAUCUCAUGUUUUCAACGAUAUGAUUUUCAGUCCCGGGGUUGCUUUGCAUUGUGACCCCCAUGGGGGAAAUCUUGCCAUCCGGAGCGUGCCCAAGAAGGAUGGCUACAAUUUCGAAAUUAUCCUUUACGAUCACGGGUUGUAUCGGGACAUCCCACUACAGAUGAAGCGCGACUAUUCCCAUUUCUGGCUCGCAGUAUUGGAUAACAACAUUCCGGAAAUGAAAAAAUACGCCAAGAUCCUCGCUGGCAUUGAAGGCGAGCAGAAAUUCAAGAUCUUCAUUAGUGCCAUCACUGGUCGCGCACCCGAUGCCAUAUUGAAUAGCAAGAAUGUGAAAAAGAAGCGGUCGCUCGAGGAAGUUGACCAGAUUCAACAUGAACUCAACGAUAAUCACGGUGUAUUGGAAGACUUGAUGGACAUUUUGAGCUCGGUGCCGAGAAUGAUUUUACUUAUCUUGAAAACUAAUGAUUUAACACGGAAUCUCGAUGAGAGCCUCGGGGCUGAGUUUGGACCUGAGCGCACCUUUUUGAUCUUGGCUAACUACUGCGCCAAGACGGUUUACGAUGAGUCCGUUGAGAAGAUCAAUGCCCACUACCGGGGGUUAGUGUGGAUAUUCAGACGAGUUGCUAGCUGGGUUUCGUAUCAUGGAAGAUUGGCCGAAUUGUACAUAUAUGAUCUUUCGCUCAAGAUGCAGAGCUUGAAAUGGAGAUCUACACUCUUUUGA